AUGCCGUCCUACACUGUCACGGUGGCCACAGGCAGCCAGUGGUUCGCGGGCACAGACGACUACGUGUACCUGAGCCUGGAGGGCGCAGCAGGCUGCAGCGAGAGGCACCUCUUGGACAAACCCUUCUACAACGACUUCGAGCGCGGCGCGGUUGACUCCUACGAUGUGACUGUGGAAGAAGACCUUGGAGAAAUUCAGCUAAUAAAAAUUGAGAAACGAAAAUAUUGGUACCAGGAUGAUUGGUACCUUAAAUAUAUUACUGUAAAAACACCAAUGGGUGACUAUUUGGAAUUCCCAUGUUACCGUUGGAUUACAGAUGAAACAGAGAUUGUCCUUCGAGAUGGAAGAGCAAAGCUUCCCCGGGAUGACAAGACCCAGAUUCUCAAGCAGCACAGACGCAAAGAGCUUGAGACUCGUCAAAAAACAUACCGGUGGAAGGAGUGGCAUCCAGGCUUUCCCCUGAGCAUCGAUGCCCAUUCUCACAGUGAACUUCCUCGUGACAUCCAGUUUGACAAUGAGAAAGGAAUUGACUUCAUCCUGAACUACUCUAAAGCCAUGGAGAAUCUGUAUAUCAACCGUUUCAUGCACAUGUUCCAGUCCUCCUGGAGUGAUUUUGCAGAUUUUGAGAGGAUCUUUGUCAGAAUCAGCAACACCAUCUCUGAAUAUGUGAUGCAGCACUGGAAGGAAGACUUUAUGUUUGGCUACCAGUUCCUGAAUGGAUGCAAUCCUGUGCUGAUCCGGAGAUGCACAGAGAUACCCAAGAAGUUGCCUGUCACUAUGGAUAUGGUAGAAUGCAGUCUGGAGAGGAAUCUGACCCUAGAGGAGGAAGUGAAGCAAGGAAACAUUUUCAUUGUGGACUAUGAGCUGCUGGAUGGUGUGGAUGCUAACAAAACAGACCCGUGCACAAUCCAGUACUUGGCUGCACCCAUCUGUCUGCUGUAUAAGAAUCUGGAGAAUAAAAUUGUACCCAUUGCAAUCCAGCUUAGUCAAAAGCCUGGGCCAGACAAUCCCAUAUUCCUUCCCUCAGAUGACACAUAUGAUUGGCUGCUAGCUAAAAUUUGGGUUCGCUCAUCUGAUUUCCACAUUCACCAAACAGUGACCCAUCUCUUACGGACACACUUAGUCUCAGAGGUGUUCAGCAUAGCUAUGUUCCGGCAGCUGCCUGCUGUACAUCCCCUCUUCAAGCUCUUGGUGCCACACAUGCGGUUUACGAUAGCCAUCAAUACCAAAGCCCGAGAACAGCUUAUCUGUGAAUGUGGCCUCUUUGAUAAGGCAAAUGCUACAGGUGGAGGAGGACAUGUACAAAUGGUGCAGAAAGCAAUGAAGGAUCUGACUUAUACCUCCCUCUGCUUCCCAGAGGAGAUCAAAGCUAAAGGGAUGGACAGCAAAGAGGAUAUCCCUUACUAUUAUUACCGGGAUGAUGGCAUUAAAGUCUGGGAGGCUAUAAAGAGUUUUGCAGAGGAUGUGGUUCACAUCUACUAUGAGAAUGAUGAGGUGGUGUGUGAGGAUGUGGAGCUCCAGGCCUUUGUCAAAGACAUUUAUGUCUAUGGGAUGAGGGGCGUGAAGGCCUCAGGAUUUCCCAAGACAAUUAGGACACGAGAGAAGCUAGCAGAAUAUCUCACAGUGGUAAUAUUCACCACGUCAGCCCAGCAUGCAGCUGUGAAUUUUGGUCAGUAUGACUGGUGUUCCUGGAUUCCCAAUGCUCCACCAACAAUGCGCUGCCCUCCUCCAACAAAAAAGGGGACAGUCACCAUAGAGCAAAUUGUGGAGACUCUACCAGACAGGGGACGUUCAUGUUGGCAUCUUGGAGCUGUCUGGGCCUUGAGCCAAUUCCAGGACAAUGAACUGUUUCUGGGCGUGUACCCAGACGAGCACUUCGUGGAGAAGCCGGUGAAAGAGGCCAUGGCACGAUUCCGCAAGAGCCUGGACGAGAUCGUCAGCGCCAUCACAGAGCGCAACAAGAACAAAAAGCUUCCUUACUACUACCUUUCCCCUGAUCGCAUUCCCAACAGUGUUGCUGUUUGA